GUAGACUCGUCGGAAGGCGUGCGGUGAAAUGCUCCGAGUGCGCGUGUGGGCGGUGUCGCGAUGGCGGACGGAGAGGGGGGGUAGAAGCUUGGGUUAGGUAGCAGUGGCUGAGCGAUGUAGAUGGGCGAUAGAUGAUGGGUGAUGGGCGAUGGAUGGUCGACUCCACAAUCGGAGCCACGGGGGAUGGAUGGGGGGGCGCGCACUGGGACUUGUGUGGUGCGGGUCAACUGGUGGCCGCUCCGGGACGCCCAGACCCGUUCAUGGCCAAGGAAGGCCCCAAGCCAUGCCAGAACCAUUGCGACUCAUCUACAGUAUGUACUUUGAUGGUGACACUCCCACCCAGCAUGCUUUGUCUCUCAUGUCUUGCACUUGGGCCCUGUCUGCGAUUGUUCCACCCCUUGAAACUUGCCUGGUCAAUUGGGGGUCCCGUAUCGUGGUUAAGGCUGCACCUGGGCUCCUGGGAUAUGCCCCUGUAUGCACCCUGAACAUUUCCCUCAGCUUGUCGCCAUCUCUCGAGGGCGCUAUCAUACAUAAGCCUCGAAGCCUAGAUGUGCCGUGGCCUAAUGGCAUGGUAGCCCAAUCAUCUAGGUAGCGCUGAACGGGUCAUCGAACCCACAGAGGGCUGCGGUGAUUCCUGUACAUUAUGUUCCAACAUGUUGGAAGGUUUGCACCAUCCGGGGCACGUGACUUGGAGUGCUUAGUCAGGCCUCUUCCGUAGUUAUAACACACAGAGGCCCUCUGAGUAUCAUCCCAUUUGCGUCCUACUGUCCCAUUCGCGUCCUACUGUCCCGCAAGGCUGGAGUGGCAACGGGGCGUGUUCAGUU